AACGCUCUUUCGACUCCCUUCGGUGAUGCCUUGGAGAGCUUUAUAAGCCAGCUGAAGUGAGAAGCUGGGCAUCCUACCUCCAUUAACGCCCUCAACACUCGUUCUCGCUUUCUUCCAACGCUCCUCACUCCUUACUCCUUUUAUCUUUGGCCGCCCUGUCCUCUUUCUCUUACAUUACUCUUCUUUUUUUUUUUUUCUUGCUGUCCAUAUUUUCCUUCUUUUGAAGCGUUUUAGUUUGAUGAUUGGUAAACUUAGUAAUCAAAAUCUGGUCUUUUCUUUCUACAGAUCCAAGUUUGAUUUGGUCGUUAAUCCUUUCUCAUGUUGUUCCAUGGAUUGCUUCUUUGCAGAAACAAUCAUUAGUUUCUUCCUAGUUUGCUAACUUAUUUAUAAAACGGAAAUCAAAAUUUGGUUUUUUUUUUUUCCUUGCAUUUCUCGGCCGUCAUGGUUUUUUUGGAUGGCUUCUUUGGAGAAAUAAGUAGUAGUUUCUUGUUGUUUUGUUGUCGUUGUUGAUGAAAGCUUUAAUUUGGUGAUUGAUUUAGAGCCCAUCAAAUCCGGCUAGUUUUGUUCGCCGUGGUCGGGACUUGAAUUGUUCAUUCCUAUGCUUUCAUGGUGUUUGAUCAAAUGCUUCUUUGACGAAACAGUUCCUAGUAACUUGCUUUUUUGUUGUUUUUGUCUAAAAGAUUUCAUAGUUUUCUGAUAUAUUUAGGAACCAGAGAUUGAUAUUUGGUUUUUCUUUUUUCGCUUCAAAGUUCGAUUUUGAAUUAUCUGUAGUUUACUAGCUUUGCUGGGCGGCCUUAGACCUUCUUCUUCUCUUGCAUUCUGGGGAUCAAUGGAAGAAACGAGAAAGGGUGAUGGGAAAUUUCCAAGUGAGGCUCAAGGAGACGAGAAGCGUAAGCAGAAGGGGAAGGGUCUGAAGCUCGACACGCCGGCGGGGAGACCAGUGGAGUUUGAAACCCCCUCGAUGCCUUUUUUUGAAGAGGCACGCGCAGCGGCACUCCGACCACUGAAGAAGAUCAGAAGCCCAGGUCGAUUCUCUUCUAAUCCCUCCUCUCCAUCAACCCCAGCUCCAGCGACGGCUUCUCUUCCCCUCCCAAUCUUCCCUUUUGCUUACGAAGCUUCACAUCCUUCUUCCAUGGCAUCCUCACUUCUUCCACUUAAUCAACAAAAAAUGAUAUCUUUCGCCCAAAACCAGUUCAGUUCCACUCCUCCACCGUCUUCAUUGUUUCUAACGGAAGGAUUGCAGCAGAGGUAUACAGAGCAGCUGCUCAAAUACUGGAGCGAUUCGCUGAACCUCAGCCCGCGCGGAAAUAUGAUGAUGACGAGCCUCUUAGAAGGGAGAGGUAGUUCGCCCGCGUCGCUUUCCAGGCCUCCUGCGAAGCUAUAUAGAGGAGUGAGGCAACGGCACUGGGGCAAAUGGGUAGCUGAGAUUCGCCUUCCAAAGAACCGCAACAGGCUAUGGCUCGGCACCUUCGACACUGCCGAGGAUGCUGCUCUCGCUUACGACCGCGAAGCCUUUAGACUGCGCGGCGAGAACGCCCGGCUUAACUUCCCCCACUUAUUCCUCGGCAAGAGCACUAAGGAAGUGACUUCUUCUUCUUCCACUCCGCAACUGCCGGAGACAAAGGUGGAAGUUUUGGACAACAGAGAGCAGAGCUCAGAAGUGGCGGCGGUGGAGCAGAGUUCGUUGGGGACGGAAUUGGUCUGGAGUGAGGCGGAGGAGGCCUGGUUUAAUACUUGGGGGCCUGGGAGUUCUGUUUGGGAUGAUGUUGAUGGAGCUGGAGGUAGCUUGCUUUUUCACUCUCCGUUAGACCCUGUUUCAGAAGCUCAAACCGACUGCUCUGCCGCCCCGAAGACACCGCCACCUCCGCCGCUGAUGGCAACUGGUAGCGAGGAAAUGGAGAGUUCUUCUUCUGCCUCUCAGUCUUUUCCUUCUUCCAUGUUCAUGUCGAAGCAUCCAUGAUUCUUCUCUUGGUAAUGCAUUUGGUCUGCUCAUUGUGUCUGAAGCUGGAUUUGAUCUGUCCAGAUUCAUUUCAGUUUUGCUCCCUCCCUCCCUCUCUCUCUCUCUCUCUCUCUCUCUGAAUAGUUCACAGAUUGCAGAAUUUUAACCAGCAGCCUGUGAUAGUCUAUUUACCUUCCAUGUUUAUGGCUGCAUAAUUUUUGAAGUUGCAGCCUCGCAUCUCCAUCGCAUUACUUGUUCUCAACUUAUUCAGGUUUCUGUGUGAUUUUGUGAUGAUGAUUCCAUAUGAAAUCAUGGAGUCUUCUGUAAGUUUUUUUUUUUUUUUAGAUCUUUACCAGUUCA